CUCUCAUCCUUCGAUCGGCCUCUUCCGGAAGAAGUCGCACAGGAAACCCAGAGAUACUCACUCCAGAAGAGGCACUGCAAUCACCCAGAUAUAUUCAGCGAUCCCCCUCUUGUUUACCACCGCCAACUGAAAGCAGACGAUCUAUCUAUCCAGUGAGGGGAGUGGAGUUGCUUCACAUACCGCAACUUGACUCUUGCCCCUCCACUUCCACACGUCUCCCUUUUAGACUGUUUUUCAUCCAAUCUGUCCGGGAUUCAAGCAAGAGAAAGAUCUGUUCGCAUCUCAGUGCUGAUUGUUCCCGACCUUGUUCCUUUCUGGGCUUUGGCCACCGACGCGUCAAGCCUUAUCCCAAUCGUAUCUCGCGCUUGCUCCUUCCUCACCACCCGACAGCGUCUUUGAUUUUUCCCCCCUUGUCUCAAUAUUUAACACGCUUUUCACUGAGAAGAGGCGUCACCCUAUAAGCCCUCAUACGGCACCUUGUCUGUGCGAGAGGUUCUCGACCGAGCGCAUGGAGGCCCCGACGUCCCUGUAUCUACAGUGUUCGCCGUGAUUUAGCAAAUCCAGUCGCCUGGCGUAUUCGGUAUCACUACUCUAUCCGACAAGCUAUAGCAGGCUUCUGAAGGCAAGAGGAAGAGAUAUUCGAUUGUUAAUUUUUUUUUCGCUAAUCUCCGUUCUUCGCACGCAUACUGAAACCAUGGUUGCGACUUUCUCUCCUCAUCGCGACGCAGGCGGUCCUAUUCAUUUUCCUUCGCACAGUGCGAUGCAUGUUGAUCCCAGCUCUGCCAUAAGACAACUGCGCCGCUCAUUGUCACGUUCACCUUCUAAGAGCUCUAGUUUCUUUCUCUCUUCGAGAGUUCAUUCGCCAGCCAAAACCACCGGAUACAUUUCUUCUCCCCUCUCCCCCUCACGAAGAUCCGCUCAGGGUAACUUCGUGCUACUUCCAACUGCUGCGCAUCAGUCUCCAUUUGCAGUUCCAUAUCCACCAAGUGCGAAGAUUGUCCGACCUGUGAUGCGACGUACACGAACAUCGCCGAUAAGUCCCAUGAAACGCGUCCUCAACGUGUCAACGGACCAGGGAAACGCAACGCCUUGUCAGUCCGUUCCUUCACCUGCAGGUGAGGAGAAUUUACCAUCGACGCCGAUUUUUGGCCUUCGGGGCGAUAGCUCUUCAGAGAGUACAUUAUUCAAUCACGCACUUGCUUGCACAGAACCUACAUUAGCGCCUAAACCUUCAUUGCCCAGAGUUGAAAAGCGACGAAGUGAGAACUUCGGUUCCUCAACUGCCAGUCCUUUGAAGCGCAGCGACGGCACUAUGAAUCUAGACCAAGUAUCCCGCGGCAGCCCAUCUGCGAAGAGACGCAGCAUUCAAUUGACUGGUCAUGCGGAGGAAUUCAAUGUAUUCGACAAUGAAUCUUCAGCAGAGAUUGUUGACGGACCCAUGGAUCCGUCUGCAAUGGAGAGUGAUCUGCAGUAUGCGGGGCCAGCCCAGCAGUUCGGUCCUGCAUCUGCUAUUCCAAGGCGCUCGUCUUCACUGCGACGAUCAACUGUUCAACAGCGUCAGAAUGAUCGCUCAAUCUUCUCUCGAUCGAAAGCAUCUGGUGAACCCCCUGAGUCCCCUACUUCCGGGACCGUUGCCUUUGCACGCCCACGGAUGUCCCAUGACAGCAAUCUGCAUCAACCCAACAAUGACAGUCCAUUCACUUCGCGCAAAACUCCGGGAGGCACUCUUUUCUCAACAAAUGGAAACAAUGCAACACAAGGCUCUCACGCCGCUCAUCCACUUUCCAGAACCAUAACACAGUCAUCUUCCAGUUCUAGUUUUGCGGAUGAUUCUCCAACACACGAGCCUGCUCGCAAGAAUGAACACCCGCAACCUAUGCUCAACUUCUCCAAAUCCCUUCCAGUGGGUGCGACGCGGCCUGCUUUAGCUCAGCAGCUUAACCGAGAGGAUUCGACCUCUUCUACGGAUUCAUUUGCGACUCCGGAGAACUACAAGCUCGCAAAGCCUCUCCCCGCAGCUUUCAUGUCAACAGGGCUCAUAUCAAAGAAAAGCCGCAAUGCUGAAGAUCCUCUUGGCACAAUUGCCUUCAACAAGAAUAUGCCGGAUACUCCUUGUAAAAGGCCAGUCAAUUUGUUUCCCAUGGGAUCAAAAGCGCAGCCCGACCAGCCGCUGCAAAUGCCAAGGCUAGUCCGCCAAUCCUGCGCUACUCCUGCAUCCCCGUUCAAUCCACCGACAACCGCUCGUCCAAAGCCAGGACCUUUUGCGCGUGGCAUGGGCCUUUUCGAGGGAAUCUUCAAUAAACCAGACCUCUCCCGGCGUGCUAGCAUCGCAAGCCUGGAUGAUGAUGACCAUGCAUGGUCUCAGUCGCCAUCUGCUAUGCGUGAUAGCCAGGCCCACACUGAGUUCGACUUUCCUCCAACACCCACGAAACAAGCGUUCUUUCCAUCGAAAACCUUUCCUCCAGUAUCUUCUCAGAUCGCUUCCUUUGAUAGGCUAGGGAGUGUAGGAGCAAACUGUAAGUGGAUCCGGAACCCCAAAAUAUCAUUGGAUUCGUUUCGUAGCUGCAUAACUCUGGCGGCAACGUCUAUACAUUCAUUGCAAUGUCCACAUGUCGUUCUAAUCAAUCAAUUACAGCGAGCCCGUUAAAUGAUAAGUUCCAGCGAGCGUCACCCCGCACACCUCAGGACCAUGCCUAUUCACUAGAUCCCAGUGGUUUGCCUAUAUCUGGAGUGAAUAACCAACAAUCAGUCAAGCCAGACGCCAAUGCUGUCAAUCUUCCAGCGACUCCAACUGGACCGCGUGAUUCAUAUCAACAGCCGGGAAAGCGCCAAAGUCUCCAUCUAAGCGGGUAUCAUGUCCCAGAUGUGGAUGCGAGCCUAACAUCACGUUUUGAAAAGGUAGAGCUUAUUGGUACUGGAGAAUUCUCACAGGUGUAUCGGGUCUCCCAGUCGCAGGAUGCUUCCUUUUCAUCGAUAUUCUCUUUUUCUAGUGAGCCCAAGUCUCCGAAGAAGCUCACUGAACAGGUCUGGGCAGUGAAAAAAUCGAAACAGCCAUACUCAGGGAUGAAAGACCGUGAACGGCGUAUUCGAGAGGUUGACAUUCUCAAAGGACUGACCUAUUCGGAUCAUAUUAUUUCGUUCUUUGACAGUUGGGAAGAUAACGGCCAUCUCUACAUCCAGACAGAGUUUUGCGAAGAAGGCAGUUUGGAUGUUUUUCUGGCCGAUGUUGGAUUAAAAGCAAGGCUUGAUGAUUUCCGAAUCUGGAAGGUCCUGUUAGAGCUAUCACUUGGGUUGAAACAUAUUCACGACUCAGGCUUGAUUCAUCUUGAUUUGAAGCCAGCCAAUGUCCUGAUUACCUUUGAAGGCAUUCUGAAAAUUGCCGACUUUGGCAUGGCAACCCGCUGGCCGGCAGAGAAGGGCAUCGAAGGUGAAGGAGACCGGGAGUACAUCGGGCCCGAGAUUCUGAAGGGUCAGUUUGACAAGCCGGCGGACGUUUUCUCCCUUGGUUUGAUUAUAUUUGAGACCGCUGGGAAUGUUGAACUUCCGGACAAUGGCGUGUCAUGGCAGAAGCUUCGAAAUGGCGACCUUAGCGACGUUCCUAGUUUGACUUGGAGCUUGGAGUCAAGUAUUGCCCGGGAUGCGACUGGGAAUCCCAUAUCGGAGGAGCCGUCUUUCGAAGAAUUAUGUGCUUCUGACCUUGACAACGAGGACUUUGGUAACAGCUAUUUCCAUGAUGGCCACAAAUCUAUCCAACAUAAAGCUUCGCAAGUUUCCCGAAGUGGUGAACUUCUUGAGCCCCCAAAUUUCAUGGUUGAUGCAGAAGAUGAACAAUCAUUAGACAGAAUUGUGGGGUGGAUGAUUUCUCCAGAACCAAGUGCCCGCCCCACAGCUGACCAGAUCCUGCAGACCCUUGGGGUUCAGUUUGCCAAAAAUCGCCGUCGCGCAGGUGCUACCAUUUUUGAAGGCAACUGGGGACCGGCAGAUGAAAUUCUGGUAGAAGAUGCUGAGAUGAUCGAUGUAUAGUCACAGCAGUUGACCGUUCUAGGGUUUGAAAACCGCCUGCAUACUUUUUUUUCUCCCGUUCAUGAUGUCAAGGUGAUAGCUCCUUAUACCCAUUCCAUUCCUGUUCGCCUUCCUUUUUCCUUUUGUCUCUCUUUUUCUUUCUUUUUGAAACAGAAUCUGGUGGUUUAAUUCUGUCCUUUUCCACUGUAAUACUACAACACGAUUUGAGUUCAUGUUCAUGUUUAUGUCACGGGCUAUCCAUCUAUGUACUUGUGUACAUGAACCUAAUGAUGGAAUCUCCGCUGUUAUGGUUUGAUGAAGGAAAGCCAGACCCCUUCCAGGCUGGUACGGCGCUUACGGUUUUUGACUUGAUUCCCUUCCUAGCAUUUCUUCGUUACAGUUGAUGGCCUCAUGACUCGGCGUUUGAUAUGAUCUGUGAGAUGAUUCUGGAGUUCGGCAUCAAUUUUACUCGCCUUGCUGGAGCUUGUUCCAUUUUACACAAUUUACCCCUGGCUCUUUUUUU